AUGGCGGUUCCUCCUGAGGAGAACCCAUUAUUGACUAGCAUCAGUCUAGGAGUAAGGACAUGCCUUACCAUCGAACCGCCCGUACUGUGUCUCCGCAUGCUUGACAGCGGCAACCUGACUAUCACCAGCCACGCCCGUGCCAGGUCGAGGGUUGCUCUAACCCCAGUCUCACAGAGCCUAGUGAUUGCGAAGGCGCCCCCUUUCAACAUCGCGGGAACAGAGAUAUAUGUAAAUGGUAAGGUAUCCAUAUUCCAACUGCAGCAACCGCCUAACGCUAUUAUUCACAAGUACAUCUCCAUGAUGCAUGCAAGAUUGCUACUUCUCGCUCUUUACACUGCCACCCUUAGCACCCUUCGUGUCUCCUUACAAGCUAGAAGCGGAGUUGGCCACUCUCAGAUCAAGAUUCUAGGUGGCUGUUGUAAGAUGGUGUCUACUUCACCAAGGCGUCCAUCGAAUUCCACAUACGAGAUUGAUUAA